AUGGCAAUCGCUAACAAGAAUAUCAUCUUUGUCGCUGGACUCGGUGGUAUUGGAUUGGACACCAGUCGCGAGAUCGUCAAGAGUAACCUGGUUAUCCUUGAUCGAAUUGACAACCCAGCUGCUAUUGCUGAGCUGAAGGCCAUCAACCCAAAGGUGACCAUCACGUUCUACCCCUAUGAUGUAACUGUUUCGGUGGCAGAGUCCACAAAGCUGCUCAAGGUAAUCUUCGACAAGCUGAAGACAGUGGAUCUGCUUAUCAAUGGCGCUGGCAUCCUGGACGACUACCAGAUCGAACGCACCAUUGCAGUGAACUUUGCCGGUACAGUGAACACCACCACAGCCAUCAUGGCAUUCUGGGACAAGCGCAAGGGCGGCCCAGGAGGUGUCAUUGCCAAUAUCUGCUCGGUGACUGGUUUCAACGCAAUCUACCAGGUGCCCGUCUAUUCCGCUUCCAAGGCGGCUGCUCUCAGCUUCACCAAUUCCCUUGCUAAACUGGCGCCCAUUACUGGCGUAACUGCCUAUUCCAUCAACCCAGGCAUCACGAAGACAACGCUGGUCCACAAAUUCAAUUCGUGGCUGGAUGUUGAGCCUCGUGUGGCCGAGCUUCUUCUGGAGCAUCCCACUCAGACUAGCUUGCAGUGCGCCCAGAACUUUGUCAAGGCUAUUGAAGCUAACCAGAACGGCGCCAUCUGGAAACUGGACUUGGGUCGCCUGGAAGCCAUUGAAUGGACCAAGCACUGGGAUUCCGGUAUCUGAGCUUUUCAGGUCUCGAGCUUAUGGAU